ACGAGGUAAAAUACAAUCCCUGCCGAACCCCAAAUUGGUAUGAUCUGAAUUCAAACGUAUAGUGUGUGACCAAAGAGAAAUUCGAAAAAUUCUCACUAUCAAGAAUUCGCCAAAUACAAUUGCCGGCGCCAAUACAUUCUUCACUUGCACUUCAUCUCUCUCGUCGAUUCGACCUAAAUCGGGAGGCGUAGAUCGCGCAGGAUCUAAAGCAGCAGCGGUGCCUCCCCCGGCGGACGAUGAGCGGAGCUCAGCUGUGCGGUUUGUUGGCGGAAUUGGGCUAUGAAGGUCACGGUUCCUUGGACCCGGACAGCUUCGAAUGGCCGUUCCAGUACGAAGACGUUAGGCCGAUACUCGACUGGCUGUGCUCCAGCCUCCGUCCCUCCAACGUCCUUUCUCCCUCCGACCUUUCUCAGUAUGAGCAGUUUUUAAAAGAAGGGAAGCUAUUGGAGGGAGAGGAUCUUGACUUUGCUUAUGAAAGCAUUUCAGCCUUUUCAGCCAGGAGGGACAACCAAGAGGCGGUUUUUGGAACUGAAGAAGGACUAAAAGAAAUAUGUGAUGCAACAUUAGCGGCAAAAGCCGAAGCAUUGGAGUUGCAAAAACAGCUCAGGCAUCUGCAAUUCCAAAAUGAUAUGCUUACAGGGCAGGCUUCAGCACUAAUUCAAGGGAGAAGAGCACGAGUUGCAGCAACUUCCAGUGCAAAUGGGCAACUUACAACUAUAGAUGAUAGCCUGUCAGCAAGGAACAUCGAGAUGAAUGCAGUCCUUGGACGGAUGGCUGCUACUUCUCAAGAUUUGGCACAUUAUCAUUCAGGGGAUGAAGAUGGAAUCUACUUGGCUUAUGCUGAUUUUCAUUCAUAUUUGCUUGCGGAUGCUGCCUGUAUGAAGGAGCUAAAUCAGUGGUUUAGUAAACAGCUUGACACGGAUCCUUACAGAUUGGUGGCUGAGGAGGGAAAAUCUAAAUGCUCAUGGGUGAGUCUCAAUGAGAUCUCAAAUGUCUUAGUGCGAGAUUCUGAAAACACACAGCACCAACGGCUUUCAGAACUGCAGAGGCUUCGAUCCAUAUUUGGGACAAGUGAAAGGCAAUGGGUAGAAGCUCAAGUUGAGAAUGCCAAGCAGCAAGCCCUCCUUAUGACACUUAAAGCUCAAGUGACAUCAGAUGAAGCCCACAUCCGUCUUGACCUUCAUUCUCUUCGGAGAAAGCAUGCCGAGCUGGCUGGCGAACUUUCAACUUUAUACCGGAAAGAAGAGAAAUUGUUAUCUCAGACUAUUCCGGAUCUUUGUUGGGAGCUGGCGCAGCUCCAGGACACAUACAUUUUGCAAGGGGACUAUGAUUUGAAAGUCAUGCGUCAAGAAUUUUAUAUUAAUCGGCAAAAAGCGUUCAUAAACCAUCUAAUCAAUCAGCUAUCACGGCAUCAGUUUUUGAAAUUAGCCUGUCAGUUGGAAAAGAAAACUAUGCUUGGAGCAUACUCCUUGCUUAAAGUCAUCGAACUAGAGCUGCAGGGGUAUCUGUCUGCUGGCAAAGGCCGGGUGGGCCGGUGCAUGUCAUUGGUCGAAGCAGCAUCUGAUGCACCCGAACAGGGUGCAGUGGAUGAUCGUGACACUUUUCUUCACGGCGUUAGAGAUCUUCUCAGUAUUUAUUCAAAUGCUCAAGCUAGUUUAUCUACGUAUGUAUCUGUCCCGGGGAUCAUACAACACCUCUCAAACCUUCAUUCUGAUCUGAUGGCCUUGCAAUCUGAUCUAGAAUAUGCCCUCCCCGAGGACAGAAACCGAUGCAUUAAUGAACUGUGUACUCUUGUUCAAAGCUUGCAACAAUUAUUAUUCGCCUCAUCAACAACGGCACAACCCAUACUGACACCCUGGAAUCUGAUGAAGGAGCUGGACGAAAUGGAGAAGAUCAACGCGAAGCUCUCAGCUGCAGUUGAAGAAGUGACUCUGGAACACUGCAAGAAGAACGAGAUUGUGAAACAUCAUUCGCAGGAAACCAUACUUCAAAGACGAGUGUUUGUUGAGUUUUUCUGCAACCCGGAUCGACUGCGGAACCAAGUCAAGGAGCUCACUGCCCGUGUUCGGGCAUUGCAAGCCUCCUAGCCUCACUCACUCUACUCUACGGACACACUAACUAAUGUAUGCCUAUGUAUGUAUCUUCUAUGGUAUGUAUCUAAUGCUCUCUCUCUCUCUCUCUCUCUCUCUAUUUCAUUGUUCAAUCAAAGCAUGCAUUCUUUGUCUCUCGUUCAUGUUUCUAAAUUAAACUGACUUUUCCAGGAAAUGAUUUUCAAGGAUUGCCAUAUUUGCUGGUUUGUUAAAUCUGUAACUUUGUGGAUGCCUGCCUGCCUCUGUUUGUUUAGAUUCAUUUUAGGUUUGCCGUAGGUAGGGUGUUGUAUUUUAUGACUAUAUCUUUUGCUUUUUAUAUAUUCUUUUAUGUGAAAUAGCACUGUGUUUACUUGUAAGGUUUUUGUUUUGA